AUGCGGUACAGUGCAGGAGUGGAGGAACCUGGAGUACGAGGGGAUGUUAAGAUGUAUAGAGAUUUCACCACGUUAUCAUUGGUAGAUGAAGAUGCCUUUGAAGUUUGUCUAAUAAAUCCACAGAGAAAAGAUGAAUAUUUCCCAAAGGUGGCGACUGAUCCAUGGGGUGGUCGGGAAAGAGAUGAAACAAUCAAAGAUGCAGCACAAUGUGAGACAAUGGAGGAAGCUGGAGUACAAGGGGAUGUGAAGCUUGUCCAAAAACCAAUUGCAGAUGAAUGUGCACGAAGCAAGAAAACUUGCAAAAACGGUUGGGUGAAAGAGGCCUUGGAGCAAUUAGUAAGUCGCCUCACAUCACAAAGUAAACGGGACCAAAGGGGAACUAUGUCCAGGAAUCCAGUGUAG